UAGACAGUAAUAGUACGUUUGAAACCUGUUGUGAUACAUAUAUCUCGGAUUACAAGUUGAGUGAAAAUAAGCAAUUGAAGGAACGAACUUUUCACGCAUCAGAUGUACCUACGAAUCGAAUAUGUAACGUUACAGUAAUCGUUAUAUUGGUCAUUGUUCCUGGUUAUCAUCAGUAAUUCAAAUUUGAUCUUGAAUUUAAUCAAUAUUAAACCACGAAACGGCGCAAUUAACUCGUCCUAAAAGGAAGGUGUUGUCAACUAAAUCGAACAUAAGAAAAACGUGUAUCAGACUUCGGUACAGACACCCGGAGCCAGGUCAGCUUCAGUGUGAAAUAAAAAACUAAAAAGCGGUUGAAAUAUUACAAUGACGGAAAAAACAAUAUUUAUAAUUUCACUUGGAUUAAUUUUGAUGACAAUAUUAUUAAAAAGAGUGCAAAGUGAUAAGCUUGUGAUUGACACGGAUGGUGGUGCUGAUGAUGCAAUGGCAAUUUUACUUACAUUAUCGGUGUUUGCCAACAACAACACGGAAUUCGAUAUUGUGGCAAUAACUUGCACCUAUGGUAAUACCAAUUUGAGCAACGUCGAAAAAAAUGUGCUCAAGACACUGACAAUCGCAAAUGAAUCAAAAAUUCCAGUUUACUCUGGUGCAUUCAAACCUCUGACCGGGAAUCAUACAUCGGAUAAUUUUUUUGGUAAUGAUGGAUUUGGUGAUUUUAAAUUCAAUCAAGAAAUUAUUGGUAAUAUUGAUAGAUCAAAACAUGCAGCAGUUGCAUUAGUUGGUUUAGCUAAUAAAUAUCCUGGUGAAUUGAGUAUACUUAUACUUGGACCAACUACAAAUGUCGCACUUGCAAUAUCAUUAGAUCCAAAAUUUGUUUAUAAAAUCAAGCGAUUUUAUGUCAUUGGUGGUAGUGUUAAUGGUAUUGGGAAUAGAAGUCCAGGUGUUGAAUUUAAUUUUGGAGCGGAUCCAGAGAGUAAUUUUAUACUUUUUAAUUCAACUCGAAGAGAAGUUAGUUUAUUACUACCCUGGGAGACAAUUUUAUCAACUAAUAUAUCAUCGUCCUGGAGAAAAAAUGUGCUUGGUCGUGUUGAUUCAACAUUUAUAAAGUUUUUAAAUAAAGCAGAAUCAAAAAUAAAAGAAUUACCAAAUUGGGAACCUAGUGACUCUUUAAUUGCAGCUGCAAUGUUGUGUCCGAAACUAAUUCAAAAAUCAGUUGUUUUAAAUCUGACACCAGUUAUAGAUGGUCAAGCACGUGGCGGAACACUGGUUGAUUAUAUGCAACAAACUCAUAAACCAAAUAAUGUUGAAAUUAUUCAAGAAAUUGAUGUUGAAGAGUUUCAAAAAAUUCUAUUAUCAUAUUUGUCAUAAAUUUAAAAUUUAAAAAAUACUAUGUUAUAAUUUUUGAUAAGCCUGAAGAAUUAUCAAAUAUGGAUCAACUGAAAUACCAAAAAAUUAUAAAUAUAAAUAACUUUGAAUAUUUAUAAUUAAAAUUAAAAUGUGUCUAUACAAAUAAGAAAUAACGAGCGGUAUCUUUUAAUAAUCUUGUAAAUAAUCAGCUCCAACUCCUCCAUAUUUUUUAAGAUUUUUAAAAUUAGUAAAAUGUUAUUUUAUCGUCAAGUUUUGUUUAUAUGAAUUAAUAUCUUCUUACUUGGCAUAAUAUGAAAAACUCUGAUAAUGAACUGCAUAGUAUGGCCACACUUAGACCAGAUCAUGUCCUUUUUUAGUCUAGAUUAGUGCUUAUUCUCAAUUUUUGUAGCACCAUAUGACUCAAAUUGUCAGACGGUUUGUCAGCCUAUGAUAUUACUAAGUAUAUUUUAUGAUAUUAUUGUGAAUAAAGUAAUUUAUAACCUUUUUACAUGGAAUACCUUGUUAUAAAUUUUCAAUUCUUAGCCAUAAAAGUUAAACAUUUUAUAAAUUUUUAACUACAAAAUAAUUAUUACAUUUUAAAUUUUAUAAAUUUUGUCAAAAUUCGAACUUUAAAUGCUUAUAAAAAAAAAUUGUGCCUAUGUAGUAUUUUUAAUUUUUUUCAACUGUUAUUGUAACAAUAUAGGAGCCUUGCAUUAAAGUUUCACGCUUUUUUACCCAACAAAUAAAAUUUUAUUGAUAUUUAUAGAAAAAAAAACUAAAAAAAUUUUAAAUUGAAAUUGUCCGCUAACAGCUCAAAACGAGUCAAAAUAUUUUAAAAACUUUAUGGUGUAUAGAAAAUGAAAAUAUAAACAUUCAGUGAAAUUUUCAUGUAUUUACAGUUAUUCGUUUUUGAAUUACAACAAAAUAAAAAAAUUGCCACAUGAGAAAUCUAGUGAAUAUCGAAUGUUGUAAAAAUAUGAACUUCAAGCGAACGCUCAUAAAAAUUUUAUUUGACUUUCUUGUAGACUUUUUUUUUGAUAAAAAUAGAAACCUAACCUAACCUAAACUUAGGAAUAAUCUUGUAUUACAUUUUCAAAUCUUAGAUUUAAAAAGAAAAUAUUGUAUGAAUAUGUAACUUAAAAUAAUUCUUAUGCUUAAUUUAUUUGAUCCGUUUCGAGGUUAAGUAUUGAUUAUUAACUCAAAGAUUAAAUUUGAAUUACUGAUUACA